AAUGACAGUCAUUGGUUAGCAACACGUGGAAUAGAUGCCAAAGUAAAUAUAACAGAAUUAUGCGGCCCAUUACACAAGCCAAUAAAUAGUUUUGACAUUGACAGAUCAACUUUACUUUUUGGUUGUGACAAUGAAGCAAUAGAGGAAGCUAAGCUAGACAUGGCAGGUUCCUCAGCGUCGUCUUCAACCGGUGGAACAGCAGUAGGCGCGUCGACUGGAGCAAACAAAUCAUUGUGCCCACCUUCAGGACCAGGACAGAUAAAUCCUUACACAAAGUUACCUUUCACACCGCGGUACUAUGAAUUUUAUAAGAAGCGGAUCACAUUGCCGGUAUUCGAGUACAGAGCUGACUUUAUGCGUCUGUUGAGCGAGUACCAGUGCAUCGUCCUGGUCGGUGAGACCGGGUCUGAGCAAGUGGGGUACAGCAUUCGUUUCGAGGACUGCAGCUCGCCUUACACAGUCCUGAAGUACAUGACCGACGGUAUGCUUCUGCGAGAAGGAAUGUCGGACCCGAUGCUGGAGGCUUAC